AUGCCUCCUCUACCUAGAGUUCCAUGGAAAGCUAUUAUGUAUAAGAAUGCAGCAAGACCUAAAGCAAGAUUCACUACCUGGUUGCUCAUGCUAGGAAGGAUGACAACCUCUGAUAGAUUGGUGAAAUGGGGAGUUCAAGUAGAUCCGGAGUGUGGAUUAUGCCAUCAGCAUGCUGAGUCUAAGGAGCACUUAUAUGUGCACUGUGAAUAUACUAGGAAUAUAUGGAGUAAAAUGGAGCACUGGAUGGGAUUGCUGCCCUGCACAUUUGCAACUUGGGAGCAGCACAUUACAUGGAUGAUUGCAAACUCAAAGGGAAACUCUCAACGUGCAGAAGCUUUCAGAAUGAUUUACUCUGAGACUGUGUAUGGCAUAUGGAUGGAACGAAAUGGACGAAUAUUUGAGAAAAGGAGCCGGGAAUGGAAUAUUGUUGUAAAAGAGAUUGCCUAUGUCACCUGCGUUCGAGCCCCAACCAGAAUUAGCCCCCUAGUACUUAGUUUCAAAUUUUAG